GUGACGGUUUCAAGUUGGAAGCGGAUUUUCCGAACGGCAUAAUACCCUGUUACAGAUCAAGUCCUAUGCAAAGAAGGCAAAAUAUGGGAACUUUAUUGAUUAUUCUCACACUUUCUCCUUAUGAUACGAGUCAGUCCGUCAUUGAGUCAGUCAGUCAGCUAUUUAGUCGAGUGAACCGAAAUCGAACUGAUCCGCUCUGUGUACAAAUGCAUUGGCACACAAAUACUAAAUCGAGCUCGAUUCGAAGUGGCCGUAAUCAAAUCGAAGGCCUGUCAAGAUUGCAGAAAGUUCGCAUUUGCCAUCAUAAUCCAUGUGGCAAUCCCCGAAAGAGUGACUGACUGACUGACUGACGAGUGCAGAGCGCCAAGGAGUCCGUUAAUAGCCAUUACACGACCCUUGUAAUGGAGUCUCGCUACCGCUCUUACACAAAUGAACAGGUUGUAUUGAACGGUGACGACGAUGAUGAAGAAGAAGACGAAGAAGACGGCGAAGACGAGGGACAGGAACUUCCAAAGGUAAACACCAUGAUGAAGGGAUUUUUGAAGACCAAGAUCCAUCACACCCAUCAGACACUUUGAACAACAUGAAGAAACGAAGUGGCUCGCGUUUCCGCCUCCUGCCAAAUUUCAUGGGUGGAGGCGGUGGUAGUGGAGGAGGAGGAGGAGCAAGCACAGGAGGGAGUGGCUCCACCACCCUAGAUCGUUCCAGUAGCUCCUCCAGGCCUGGACCCAGAUCCAAUGCCCAGAGCCGGAAGAUCUCAAGUCCAUCGAGGCAUUCGUCGCUCACUCGAUCUUAUCACCCGAACUAUGACAGUGACAUUGGAGACUCUCCUGCUGAAGGAGACACCUCGUUGCCAGUGCUUUUGGCCGUGAGGAAGAGGGCAUGCUCAGAUUCGGGGCACGAGACCAAUAGUAGCCAUAACGGCUCGCCAGGACCCCCACCUCGUCCUCAGGCUAGUUCGAGGCCGUCUCGAGGGGGCAUUUUCCGAUUGUUUCACAAAUCAGCCACACUUUUGUUCCAACACCCGACCACGGAACUGAACCCGAACAAACCUUACAAGGCCUCGAUUUCAAUGAGCACCAAGGAUUUGAGACCCUCGUCCACCUCUCGUUAUCAGCUUCGAGCGCCUAUAAAAGGCAGUGAUGGACAGCAAGCUAAUCAUCACCACCCAUCUUCAGCGUUGAGCGCCAAGAUGGGUGGAUUUCCCACCACCAGGAAUCGCCUCCAGGCCACGCUAAGUGCUAGUUCAUCGUCGUCCAUCAACAGUUCUGUGAUGCAUCAUCAUCUGGAGCAUGAUUCGGGUGGCAGUGCUCAUCUCUCGUCUGAAAGGGGCGGAUCCAACACGCCCUCCACUUCUUCCGGCAUCUGUUCCUCAACGCGUCAACCGAGCGUAGAGCCUCCGGAGUUACGAAGACCCCCAUCUUCCACAUCCAGCUCCUCGGUGGCCCUUUCACCCAAUCAAGCCCCAGCUCGAAUACAUUCCUCCUCGUCAAAUUCCGUGAUUUCUUCUUCGAUCGAGGAUGACAGUAAUUAUGAUUCGGGUGCGUUCUCGCGAACCUCAACACCCGAGAUUCAUCCACCGUUGACAAGUGGCAAGAAGAGCCUUUCACAGAUUCAUUUAGCACUGGCCGCACCACUGAGUGCCCCCUCUUUAGUCAUGGAAGCGUGCAAUAUGAAACGAAGCUCUCCCUCAUUAAAUGUGAUGGAAAAAAGUGAGAACUCAUUGGUGGAUGCCUCGCACAUCUUGGCCUGUUUAAACGCUGCCUCAUCCUCAUCAAUUGGAUCACACCUCCAGCCUCACUCAUUGCCUCCAGCCUCAUCAGGAGCUUCUGGUCUUGCCUCGCCCACCGCCAUGUCUCCUUCUUCGUCUAGCUUCCAUAAUCACCGGAUCUUCCCGCAAACGUCCAAGCAUGUCAUCCACCAUGGAAAUGGUAUCGGUGGCCACAACACUAACAGUAACACUCUCAGUCUCCCUUACUACUCGACCGAAAUCAGGGAUGAUGUCAGCAUUACCAUUGGUUUGAACACCAAAUUAACCAUCACUCAGAAUCCGUAUGGCUCAUCUUCAGUGUCUUCCCCGUCAUCCUCGUCAUUGUUAUCUCACCUGCGGCGAACUCGCUCGGGACUGCCAGUUCUCGGCACGGCUGGACUCAACACCUCUUGUCUUUCCCUGCACCCUUCCUCCAGUAAAAAGCAGUCUCCAGUGAGAAAACCUGUCAGAAAUACCAUCUCUAGCAAGAAUAGCCAGAUCAAUAACAGCAACAACAACAACCACGGGGAGCCCCAAUCUAGUCCCUUCCAGAUUUCUACUGUCUACGUUGGUGCUGGACGAGAGAAUCCGCGUCCCAGGAUCGGUCGGCCCGUAAGUCGCUCGGAGAGUUGUGUCACCUUGUCGAACACCACGAUUAUCCCGGGUCCAGCCUCUCAUUUGCCUGAACAGUGCACAGUGACAGUGAAUGGACAGCAAUACACAAGUUUACCCCAACGUCACCUUCCUGUCCUACCCGCCGAUGGAUAUCCCACGGCACAAAAGGGGCAAAACCCUCCUAAUGGCUCCAAGAGCUUGCCCCCAUUGGUCAAGAUGUCGGUUGCGCCUGGUUUCGAGAGUGGGAUUGGGAUUCGAGGGUUGAUUGGCUCGUCCAUUGACUCGUCUUCAUCGGACAGUGAGACACAGCCCAGUUCUUUGAUCAACAUUUAAGCCCUAAACGCCUCCAGGAAUGCGAGAUCACCCAUCAAGACAACACAUAAUUCAAAAUCAAGAGCUCAUAAAGAUAAAAACACGCUGAGCUGGUCCCGUUAACAAAAGUUGUGCCAAAGAGUCGAGAAAUACGUACAUUGAAUGAGCUCGAGAAAAUAUAUAUUUACAUAUAUACAA